AUCAUUCCCAAAUUUUCGUGUGUUGUUCAAUGCGAGGGUUUUCCAUCUGAAGCGGAUUACUCAAACAUUUCUUUCUGAAGGCGGAUGUGAAAAACUGUUGAAAGUUAGAUUUCUUCAGUUUGCUGUGGGAAGAGAGAGAUAUCUAUAUAUAAUAAAUAUAUUUGUUCGUAUGGCAACAGGAACAGCAACAGGAAGAGGGUAUUUAAUGGAGGAGCAGUCAUCAAAGGGAAAGCAUUGACGAAAAGCGAUAAAGGAACCAACAACUGGAAUCUGGGUGCAAACCCUAACCCCACUUCCAGACCUUAAAGCCCGAAUGCUUCCCUUCACAGAACAGCACAGCUCUCAAAUCCCAAUCGUCCCUUACCUUUCUCUCUCACUACCUAUAGUCAUUCCUGUCGCCUUCAAUUGAGACUUUCCCCCCACCCUGCACUUUCUCUCUCCCUUCUUUUCACAAAUUAUAUACAUACACACAUACAUAUAUCUAUAUAUUAGGGUUUUUGGUCAUUUGAUACUCUUUCUAGAUGAAUGAAACUACCAAUAAUACCAAUUCCAAUCAGCCCCCACCAGCACCAGCGCCUGCGCCUGCGCCCGCCACUGGUGCUAAGGAAUCUGAGCAGGAACCCGCUUCUCCUGGGUCCUCGUCUUCCACCAAGAUUUCUUCGGAAAAACCCGACGACUCUGCUGGUGCCGUGGAGGAAGACGUGGUGAUGGCAGAGAAGGACUCUGCUGCUGUGUGCGCUAAUUCCUCGGACGAUCCUAUGGAGGAGGAUGCCGUGAAUCCAGCUACUGUUUUCUGCAUCAAGCUUAAGCAGCCCAAAUCUAAUUUACUGCAUAAGAUGAUUGUUCCUGAGCUCUGCCGGACCUUCAGUGCUGUUGCUUGGUGCGGGAAGUUGAAUGCCAUAGCUUGUGCAUCAGAAACCUGUGCAAGAAUCCCAAGCUCAACCACCAAUCCUCCAUUUUGGAUCCCUAUUCACAUAGUCAUUCCAGAGCGGCCAACUGAAUGUACUGUUUUCAAUGUUAUAGCAGAUUCUCCUCGCGACUCUGUUCAGUUCAUGGAGUGGUCUCCUACUUCAUGUCCUUGUGCACUACUCAUUGCUAAUUUCCAUGGUCGAAUAACCAUUUGGAUGCAGCCUUCUCUCGGACCAGCAAAUCUUGUGAAAGAGGCUAGUUGCUGGCAGCUGGAAUAUGAGUGGCGACAGGAUAUUGCAGUUGUUACCAAGUGGCUUUCAGGAGUUUCCCCAUAUAGGUGGCUCUCUGCUAGAUCAAGUGGUUCCACUAAAUCUACAUUUGAGGAAAAAUUCCUUUCUCAGCAACCUCAGGCUCCAGCUGGUUGGCCGAAUUUUCUUUGUGUUUGUUCUGUUUUCUCUUCUGGCUCCAUUCAGCUCCAUUGGUCACAGUGGCCACCUAAUCAAAGUGGAGCUCCAUCCAAGUGGUUUUGCACAAGUAAAGGGCUUUUGGGAGCUGGGCCUAGUGGAAUAAUGGCUGCUGAUGCUAUUGUUACAGAUUCUGGGGCCAUGCAUGUUGCUGGCGUUCCCAUUGUUAACCCAUCAACUGUUGUUGUUUGGGAAGUCACACCUGGCCCUGGAAAUGGCUUUCAAGCCACUCCAAAAACAAGUGUCAAUAGUGAAGUUCCACCCUCACUUAACCCUCCAUCCUGGAAUGGUUUUGCUCCAUUAGCAGCGUAUCUGUUUAGCUGGCAGGAGUAUUUGUUAUUAGAAGCUAAGCAAGGGAAAAAAGUGACAGAACAAGAUUGCUGUCAGAUGGUAGCACUUCAUUGCUCCCCUGUUUCAAACUUCUCUGCUUAUGUGAGUCCUGAGGCUGCAGCUCAAUCUUCAGCUACCACAACUUGGGGCUCUGGGGUAACCGCGGUUGCCUUUGAUCCAACACGUGGUGGUUCUGUGAUAUCUGUUGUUAUAGUUGAAGGGCAGUACAUGUCUCCAUAUGAUCCUGACGAGGGCCCUUCAGUAACAGGCUGGCGAGUUCAACGCUGGGAAUCAUCUGUUGAGAAUGUUGUGAUCCAUCAAAUAUUUGGAAACCCUAGCUCUAAUUUUGGUGGGCAAGCACCAAAGCAAACUGUUUGGGUGAGUAAAGUGAUUAAAUGCAUUCCAGCAUCCAGUGAAUUCAAAUGUCCUGGACCUGCAGUCCUAUCACCCGGUGAUGGGAAAGGUACUCCUGAAUCUGGUGCUGAGAUUGCCAACAGGGUCAGUUUUGAUCCUUUUGAUCUGCCUAGUGAUGUUAGAACUCUUGCACGUAUUGUGUAUUCUGCACAUGGUGGUGAGAUUGCUGUUUCAUUUUUACGGGGUGGCGUUCAUGUUUUCUCUGGUCCAAAUUACACGGCUGUUGAUGGCUAUCAGAUUAAUGUUGGUUCUGCAAUUGCUGCUCCUGCUUUCUCUUCUACUAGUUGUUGCUCUGCAUCUGUCUGGCAUGAUACAAGCAAGGAUUGUACUAUUUUAAAAAUUAUUCGAGUUCUUCCUCCUCCUGUUCCUAGAAGUCAAGCAAAAGCCAACUCUGCGAUGUGGGAGAGGGCUAUUGCUGAGAGAUUUUGGUGGAGUCUUUUGGUUGGAGUUGAUUGGUGGGAUGCCGUCGGCUGUACUCAGAGUGCUGCAGAAGACGGCAUUGUGUCACUGAACAGCGUUAUUGCCGUGUUGGAUGCUGAUUUUCAUUCCCUUCCAUCAACUCAGCACAGACAACAAUAUGGACCUAGUUUGGACAGAAUAAAGUGUAGACUACUAGAAGGUACAACUGCUCAAGAGGUUCGGGCUAUGGUUCUCGACAUGCAAGCCAGGUUAUUGUUGGACAUGCUUGGUAAAGGAAUUGAAUCAGCUCUAGUUAAUCCUUCAGCUCUGAUGCAAGAACCUUGGCAUGCAUCGGGUGAGACAUUAUCUGGAAUUGACCCGGAAGCAAUGACUGUUGAACCAGCACUAGUUCUUACCAUUCAGGCAUAUGUUGAUGCUGUUCUUGAUCUAGCAUCACACUUCAUUACACGUUUGCGACGAUAUGCAAGUUUCUGCCGUACACUGGCAAGCCAUGCUGCUUCAGCAGGCACUGGUGGAAGCCGUAAUUUGGUGACAAGCCCUACCCAAAGUACUACCUCUCCUGCUACUACUCAGGGAUCUCAAGGUGGAACAGCAAGUUCCACAGGUAGUACUCAAAUGCAGGCAUGGGUAAAAGAUGCCAUUGCCAAGAUUAGCAGUACAACUGAUGGUGCACCUAAUUCGGCUCCAAACACCAUAAGCGGUCCUACAUCCUUUAUGCCUAUAAGUAUCAAUACAGGAACCUUUCCAGGGACUCCGGCUGUUAGGCUUAUUGGAGACUGCCAUUUCCUCCAUCGGCUAUGCCAGCUCCUACUAUUUUGCUUUUUCUUCCGGCGAACACAAUUACCCCGAUUCAUUGGAGCAGCUCAAAGAAAUGCUGAUUCGUCCAUUCACAAGGCCCAGCUCAUUGGGCCUGGCAAAACUGAUGAAGCCAACUCUGGUGCUGCAAAACCCGUAUCAGCUGCAAACAGAACAGAAGAAACUCAAGUUUCAAGGAUUGUACAGGUUGGAAAUGGUGCAAAAGGGCCUGAAGAAGUUCCAACAAACCGUUCAAGAUUGGGUGCAGGAAAUGCUGGUCAAGGAUACACAUUUGAGGAGGUGAAAGUUCUCUUUCUUAUACUGAUGGAUCUUUGCCGGAGGACCUCAGGAUUGGCACAUCCACUGCCUGCAUCUCAUGUUGGGAAUAGCAGUAUCCAGGUCCGCCUUCAUUAUAUUGAUGGAAACUAUACAGUUCUUCCUGAGGUCGUAGAGGCAUCACUUAGCCCACAUAUGCAGAACAUGCCCCGUCCCAGAGGUGCAGAUGCUGCAGGUCUUCUUCUCCGGGAACUAGAACUCCAUCCUCCGGCUGAGGAAUGGCACAAAAGGAAUAUGUUUGGUGGACCUUGGUCAGAUCCAGAUGAUACAAGCCUUUCAGAUGACGGAACUAGGGCCAAUAGCUCCAUGGAUCUUGUUGAUUCAGGUUCAUCUGAAAAUAGUAACAUAUAUAAUGGAACUCACACCCUGUGGCCAAGAAAGCGAAGGAUGUCAGAACGAGAUGCUGCUUUUGGAUUGAACACAUCGGUGGGCCUCGGAGCAUACUAUGGUAUCAUGGGAUCUCGAAGAGAUGUUGUAACAUCCGUCUGGAAAACAGGGCUUGAAGGGGUGUGGUACAAGUGCAUAAGAUGCUUGCGACAAACAUGUGCUUUUGCUUCACCGGGUUCUACUACCAUUACCAAUCAGAAUGAGAAAGAAUUGUGGUGGAUCAGUCGCUGGGCUUAUGGAUGCCCAAUGUGUGGGGGAGCAUGGGUCCGAGUCGUAUAAUUUAUAUAUAAGUACACAACUAGCCAUCCAUGACUAUCGACAUCCAGAGCUGGAACCUACCUGGAACGGUACAUGAUUCCCCUGUGCAUAUAAUUUUCCUGUACAUAUCUAUCUCUCUGAAAUCAAUGACCUGUACUAUAUAUUUAGACAUUGUUCAAGAAGAAUCUCUACCACACUUACGGCUUAUUUCCUAAUUUAGAAUUGAGUUUUCGGUAAAGCAGGAAAUGUAGUGUGUUUAUUUGUAUACCCAACAUUCGAAAAUUUUCUGUUUAUUGAACCUAGGGUACUCUCUAAUUAGUGGAAUGAGAAAUGCUCAGUUUUAAUCUUUAGAAUA